AACGAUUCAUUUAUCUUCUUCUUCUGUUCCCAAUUCUCAGCUUCUUGUUUGUCGAAAAUGGAAGGCGGUUCCGCUAGUGGAUCAGCUUCGGCUUUGUCAAACGAUGAAAAUCUCGUCGUUUCUUGUGAGGAUUCUUCUUCUCCUGUAGGGAAUGAGCUCGAGCUUGGUCUUACGUUGAGCCUUGGUCCAAAAGGGUAUCGAGAUUGUAGGGUUUCUUAUGCUGAUGAUUCUUCUUCUUCUUCUUCAUCUUCUUCUUCUCUGAGCAGAGCUAGCGUAAUUGCUGGGAUUAAGAGAACAGCUGAUUCCAUGGCUGCAACUAGUGGGCAAGUAGUGGGAUGGCCACCAAUAAGGACUUAUAGAAUGAACAGUAUGGUUAACCAAGCUAAGGCUUCGGCCACUGAAGAUCCAAACUUGGAGAUCCGUCAAGAAGUAAACAAGAAUAGAACUGAUGCAACAAAGAUGAGAAAUUCUAUGUUUGUUAAGGUGACUAUGGAUGGCAUUCCAAUUGGAAGGAAAAUCGAUCUGAAUGCUCAUAAAUGCUAUGAAUCAUUGUCAAACACUCUAGGGGACAUGUUUCUGAAACCCAAAUUAGGUUCAAGCACACUAGAAACCGAUGGUCACAUGGAAACACCGCUCAAGAUACUACCAGAUGGGUCUUCUGGAUUAGUACUAACGUAUGAAGACAAGGAAGGAGAUUGGAUGCUUGUUGGCGACGUUCCGUGGGGGAUGUUUAUUGGUUCCGUGAGAAGGCUCCGGAUAAUGAAAACAUCGGAGGCUACUGGUAAAGCUCAAAUGAUAUUAUGAAGCAAAUAAUAACCUACGAAGAACCCUUUCUGUUUGAAGCAGUAAUAAGACGGAUCACAGAUC